AUACUGGAGUGUGACGGGUACGUUUAUUUAGAAUCCCUCAAAAUAUUUCCCGCCGAUCAAUUUGUUGUAGUGGAAAGAAGUGGUACAGACAAUGCGUUGACAGAGACGGAGGGGCCAACAAGUACUGCGUCCAGCCAGCCCACCCCCUCCGUUACCCCUCUGUCAAACAUGUGCACCACUCCUGGCAACAUGGGCACAGGAUUUGGGUAUACCUGGUCCUUUGGGGGGCCUGGUGCGGAAACCCGAGAAAACGCACAGGGUGAACUUAACACGAAUAUCAAUUACGCGGUGAACAAUAAUCAGGACCAAGGAUCCAGUCAGAAGAUACAGGUUGACAUUAAACCUGCUAAAGUUGCCAAUAGCACGCAUCGUAGACCAAUGUUUACUAUGAAUGAAACUUGUCAACAGACCCCGACAACCCACCAUGGCCAUACAGCUGGAGCUCAUAAUCAAACACAUGGGAAUGUGGAUUGGAUUUCUCGAAUCGAGAAGCUCUAACAUUGCACUUAAGGUUACAUUCUGGUGAUCGUGCGCUCGUUACGGAUCUUUGCGGCUUAGCCGCUGCCUUCCAACAAACUCCUGGACACUUCCUUAC